AUGGAUCCCUUCUCGAUUCUCGUUGGAAGUGCAGGGCUGGCGGAUGUCUCCUUUCGUAUCAUCUCAUACCUUGCCACAAUCCGAAGCGCGUCCGCCAAGAUACAGGAUGAACUCACUAUCCUAAGCCAGGAGAUCUCAUCGCUGAUAGCGGUCAAUGAGACGGUCGAGGACUGUUGCCAUUCCUGGCAUGACCCGAGUAGCUUCGACACCUCGGCCAACGACGAGGCUCAUGUCAACGACGUCUGGAAGAAUCUUGCAAUGCUCUUGCAGCAAAGCAAAGGCUAUGUCGAGCAGAUGGAGGCCUUACUCAAUGCAGUCAUCGGCAAGAACGGCGCCCAGGUGGCUGGCAAACUGGAUGGAUUGAGAAAAACGAUUCGGAGACAAGGUCGAGAUGGGGAAUUCAUGCAGCUACGCCAGCGCAUCGCCAACCACCAGGCUGGCAUCCAGAUCUUGUUGAAUGCACUAACCCUUUCCUCCACGCUCCAGUCGCAUACAACCAGGGACCGUGCCGUCGGCAACUUGUCCGAGAACUUGCGGCGCCAAAACACCAAAAUGCAGAUCAGGAUCAAUAGCCUGCGCCGAGAACUUCGAGGGGGGCCCAAUUCGGACAGUCUCCGCAGCUCUCUUGGAUGUGCCGACGCGGUGGCAUCGUUGAUCCGCUUCAACGAGCAUUUUGACAUGCCCCAAAAUGUGAGCAGUUACUACACAGGCCGCCACAAGCAACUAGAACAGUUGAAGGCGACGCUCAAAGUCGGCGUCACACCGGAACGUCAAGGACAUCAGAAGCGAUUCGUCAUUUAUGGUCUUGGGGGCUCAGGAAAGACUCAAUUCUGCUGCAAAUUUGCUCAGGACAACAGAGAAUAUUUCUGGGGUGUCUUCUGGGUCGAUGGAAGCUCCUAUUUAAGCCUCAAGCACUCCUAUGCGCAGAUUGCCCGGAUCGGUGGCGUGGAGGCGAACGAGAACGCAGCCAAAGCCUGGCUUUCCAGCUUACAGCAUCCCUGGCUCCUGCUCAUUGACAACGCCGAUGACCCCGAGCUGGACGUGAUGCGCUGCCUUCCGGCCGGAGAACGCGGGGUGAUCCUGAUCACCACCCGCAACCCGACCAGCAAGCAAUACGGAACGGAAGGCUCUCAAUUUUUCCACUUCGAUAAACUCGAGACGGAGGAAGCGAGCGACCUCUUGUUGGCGGCAGCCAUCUUGGGCUACUUGCCUCUGGCCCUGAUCUACGCUGGGAAAGCUAUCCUGGAUCAGCUGUGUUCGCUGACAGACUAUCCUGAAUACUAUGAGCGGACCUGGAACCGGAUCCGCCGUUCACGGAAUACUCGGACCCUUUCGCGUGCACGCGAGGAGAAUGACCGUGACCAUGCAUCGUCCAAUUUGAGUGUGUACUCAUCAUAUGAGAUGAUAUACGUUGGCCUCGAAUCGAGGAGCGAUGAGAAGGCGUUCGAGCUACAGUAUCGGGCCUACGAGGGGCUGCGAGAGACCCUAGGCCCCAGGCAUUCCCAGGUCUUGGAGGCUCAGGAUAACCUGGCGAGUAGCUAUGGAUUUCUGGGCGAAGAGCACCUGCCCCUCGCGCUGCAGAUGAGCGAGGAGGUGAGGCAGAUCCGCACCCAGACUCUGGGCCGGGAACACCCCUUGACCCUCCAAUCCAACCUCACUGUGGCCAAGAUCCAGACCGCGACGGAUCGGUUCGCAGAGGCCGAGAGAAAUCUGGGCCCAAACCACCUCGGGACCCUGGCGGCCCGCACGUGGCUCGGGCAUCUGUACUGGCGUCAAGAACGGCAUGCGGAGGCGCAGGCCAUCUGGGUCGAUGUCGUCUCCAAACAGAGAUAUGAGCAGUCUAAACGGGCGGAUGGGGAGCAUACGGAUCGCAUCCAAGCCAUGUGGUUUCUCCUCCACUCUUAUGAGGAUCAAGGGCGGGUGGAUGAUGCCCUGCAGAUUUCGGAGGAGAUCGCGCAACUGCUGUACGACUUUGGCGGACAAGGUCUGGGACCGAAGCACAAGCUCUGGGGGCAUUUGCAGAAUAAGAGGGAGGAUCUGUUGCGGUGUAAGAAACAGGGCAGUAAGUCUGAUGUUGCUGAUGGUUGCAGUGGUGGUGUCAAUGGUGGAGGAGGCACCCCCGUUCGGCCAAAGAAGGUGGUGAAGGACUUUACCUUCUGA